AGAAAGAUAUUCCUCGCUGCUCGCUUCACGGUUCGCUGGAGCAGCGUAAAUAACGUAAAAAUAAUCUACGGAUAUUUGCGCGACGAUGUCACAAAGUUUGUGGACGCUGCGAAUAAGCGAGUCACUGAAACGAAAUCACGCGAACCGUUACAACACGGACUCGGACGAUUUUGAAACGUGACCGUGACGCGGGUCGUGCCGCUUGGACGGCUCGUGUUUCACGCUCGACGGUCAAAGGUCAAUCGACAGGGGAGCAAACGAUGCGUGCCGUGAUCCGGGAAGGGGAUGGGAAAGGGCGCUGUUCCCGAUGGACUUUGAAAGAUUAAGGUUCGCCGAUGACUGAACUUACAUUGCUGCGGACCACGCUCGUCGCGAUCAAUUUCACACACCGACAAGCCGACGACGUGUACCUCACCGAAGUUCGUGCGAUCGAAACGACCAACCGUCGGGACGGAGAUCGAUGCUGAUCAGCGAAGAACGAUGAGCUAUCCGGAGAAACAAGAGAACAUGACGAAGGAUGACUGGGUCGCCAAGUUGGAGGAGAAUUCUUACACGCAACGGGUAUCCAUGAACAAUUUGAUCAUGAAUUAUCUAGUUACAGAAGGUUUCAAGGAAGCCGCGGAGAAGUUUCAACAGGAAUCCGGCGUGGAACCCACGGUGGACCUGAGUUCGUUGGACGAUAGAAUUCGUAUCAGGGAAGCGAUUCAAAAUGGUCGAAUUCAAGAAGCGACAGAGCUCGUGAACCAGUUGCAUCCGGAACUGUUGGACAACGAUAGAUAUCUUUACUUCCACUUGCAACAGUUGCAUCUGAUCGAACUGAUUCGUACCGGGAAGAUAGAAGAGGCUUUGCAGUUCGCCCAGGACAGGCUCAGCGAAGCCGGGGAGUCGGACAACGUCAUUCUCUGCGAACUGGAGCGUACUCUGGCUCUUUUAGCUUUCGACGAGCCUCACAAAAGCCCCUACAGCGAUUUGCUUCAUCCGACUCACAGACAAAAGAUAGCGAGCGAAUUGAACGCGGCGAUACUAAAGAUGGAACACAAGGAGUCCACGAGCCCACGAUUGAACAAUUUGCUUAAGAUGAUACUUUGGGCGCAGGACGAACUGGAGAAGAAAAAGGUGAAAUAUCCAAAAAUGACGGACUUGGGUAGUGCUACCAUCGAGAGUCCGAAAUAAUAUCGACGGCCGUAAAGUGUUGGACGUUUAUUUAUUAUUAUUAUUAUCGAGAGAAGAUCAACGCGCAUCUGUACCAUAUUAGUUGUUAGCACGUGAGCAAGGUCUAGGGGAGGAACAGACUAGGACUAACUUUCAAUGCGUCCCUGCCUGCUGCCUGUUCGCAUUAGAAUUAUGAUUAGAAAUACAUGAUCGUUCGUAAGAGAUUAAGAUAAAAAAACUUCGUUCAGACGAUAUCUAUACGAAUAAGUGGGACGACUUUUGUUGUAAAUCUUCUCGCUCGUACCGGAAAUACGCGAUAAUUGAAAAAUUCAUGAUCCGAGUAAGAGAACGUGGCUUACCAAUAUUUCUUAAAUAACAUGAUCGCCACAAAGAACGAAUCGUUUUAAUUGAUUAGUGCAAUAUGUGUAGCUAAGAUUCAAGGUAUUUGCAAAUUAUUACUCCGAGGUAAAGAAAGAUCCACGAAACGGGGAUUUCAUGUUUUGUCGUCGGUGCGCAACAAACGAAUACCGCGAGCUUACAUAUUUUACAAUACAUACUCCUCUCUCUCACACACACACACACACACAUAUACACAGACAGACACACAUUCUCUCAGUCGAUCGUGUUUGCAUUGUAUUGAACUUUUUAUAAAGAACACACGCAACACAGCGUAUUAAAUGAUACUUGUCAUUAACGAA